UUUUCUUCCCCAGAAUCAUGAGCUUUUCCCACAUACAUAAAUAUAUUAAUUGUCCAUCACCUUUGUUGUUGAGAAACAUGGCUCUUCCUUUAAUGCCACACCAUUAAUCCUGUUUUCCCUCCCCUCCCCUUCCCUCUCUCUCUUACACACACACACACACACACCACUUCAAUAUCUAUACCUAUACAUACAGAUUUCCUAUUUAAUUAAUUCAAAAAAAAGCCCUCCUUUUUUUUUUCCUCACUUCUUUUCAUUUUUUUACACACAAAUAUAAUAUAUUAUGUAUAUACAAUAGAAUAUUGCUGGUAUUGGGAAAAAUAAACAUAUGGAGAUUUUUUUGAAGAAUAUAUUUUUAUUUUUAUUAUUAUUGUUAAUGGUUAACUCGGUGUUAACUCAGCGACUGAGUUCGCAAACAGAACGCAAAGCGUUGCUUAAUCUCCGAGCUUCAUUAGGAAUUCGGGCACGAUACUGGCCAAUUAAAUCUGACCCAUGUGGGAACUGGACCGGAAUUGAAUGCCGGAAUGGAACUGUAACCGGAAUAAACUUAUUCGGGUUAAAACGGACCCGGGUCGGGGGGUUAAAUCCCGGGUUUGAUAUUGAUUCUUUAAAGAAUUGUAGUAGUUUGGUUUCUUUUAAUAGUUCAGGGUUUUAUCUUCCUGGUGUUAUACCUGAUUGGCUAGGUGUAAAUCUUGGUGCACUCCAGGUGCUUGAUUUAAGUUCUAGCUCAGUUUUGGGACCUAUUCCUUUUUCAAUUGGGUCAUUGAAAAACUUGAAAAGUUUGAAUCUUUUUGAUAAUUCUUUUACUGGGAAUAUACCGGAUUCUUUGAUGCUUCUUUCGGGUUUAUCAGUUUUGAAUCUUUCGUCUAAUAUGUUAACUGGGUCGAUUCCUGAGUCCGUUUCGGGUCUUGGGAGUGUUACUGUGAUUGAUUUAUCAUCGAAUUUCCUUUCUGGGCCUGUUCCAAAUGGAGUUGGUUUGCUUUCGAAUCUGCGAAGUUUGAAUCUUUCGAACAAUAGUCUUUCCUCGAGUUUGCCUGUGGAGAUUGGGAAUCUAUCUCGGUUGGUUCACCUUGAUCUUUCGUUUAAUUCGUUGUUUGGCUCAUUGCCAGUGGAAUUAGGAGGGUUGAUUAGCUUGAGGAGAUUGCUGGUUCAACAUAAUGCUUUGGGUGGGAACUUGAGUGUAAACCUGCCGGGUAUUGUUGUUUUUGAUGUGUCUAGUAAUAAUUUUACUGGCAAUCUUCCAAACCUUUCGGUAUUUUCUAAUGCGUCUGGUGUGAGUUUAAACUUUUCAAAUAAUCAAUUCUAUGGAAGGGUUAGCUCCAGUGUUCUGAAUGUUGCUUUAGUUGAUCUUUCUAACAACUAUCUUCAAGGUUUAGAGACUGGGAUUGGGAAUGGAAAUUUAACUUCAAGAAACUGCUUUUUUCGGCUUCAAGACCACCAAAGGACUUUAGAUGAUUGCAGGAGGUUUUAUACGGCUAGGAAUUUAUCUUUUGAUGGUGAUUCUAGAUCUCCAGUGCAACCUCCAGUUUCGGAAAAGGGCAGCAACCAUUUGAAAUAUGUGAUGGCUGGGGUGUUUGGUGGACUCGGUGUCAUUGUAAUUAUAGUUGUGAUAUUGGUUUUGGUAAUGAAAACAUGUAAUAAGAAAAGGGUAAGCCAAAGAAGUGCCAAUGUGGAACCUGUUCAAGAAGAAGGGAAUGUUACGGUACAAGGCAUUUCAGUUGAUAUAUUAAGCUUAACGAACUCAUAUACAUAUGAGCAGAUGCUGCAAGCUACAACUGGUUUUGGUGAUACAGACCUUAUCAAGCAUGGACACAGUGGAGAUUUAUUUUUAGGGAAAUUAGAAGAUGGAGUUGUGGUAGUUGUCAAGAGAAUCGAUAUGCGUUCAUCGCAAAAAGAUUGUUACAUGUCAGAAUUAGAGUUGUUCAGAAAGGGUAUGCACAAUAGAUUGGUGCCUCUUUUGGGACAUUGCUUAGAACAUGAAACUGAGAAACUUCUGGUUUACAAGUACAUGCCAAAUGGAGAUCUAUCAAACUCUUUGUACAGGUCUACCAAAUUGGAAGAUAGUGGUUUGCAAUCAUUAGAUUGGAUAACAAGAUUAAAAAUUGCUAUUGGAGCUGCCGAAGGUUUAGCGUACUUGCAUCACGAAUGCAAUCCUCCCCUUGUUCAUAGAGAUAUUCAAGCAAGCAGUAUCCUACUUGAUGAUAAAUAUGAAGUAAGACUUGGAAGUUUGAGUGAAGUUUGUGUUCAAGGAGUGGAUAACAAUCCGAAUGUUAUCACAAGACUGCUAAGGAUUUCAUCGAAUUCUGAACCGUCGCCUUCUGGAUCGGUACCUCCGAUUUGUGCGUAUGAUGUAUACUGUUUUGGAAAAGUCUUGCUUGAGCUAGUAACGGGCAAACUUGGAAUCAGCAAUCCAUCAGACACCUCCACAAAGGAAUGGCUUGACCAAACAUUGACUUUUAUCAACAACUACGACAAGGAACUUGUAUCCAAGAUUGUAGACCAAUCUCUAGUUAUAGACGAAGAUUUGAUGGAAGAGGUAUGGGCUGUAGCCAUCGUCGCUAAGUCUUGCCUAAAUCCAAAGCCAGCAAAACGGCCUCAAAUGGCUCAUAUUUUGAAAGCAUUGGAAAAUCCUUUUAGGGUUAUAAGAGAAGAAGACUUUAGCUCUGAAAGGUUAAGAAAUAAUUCCUCACAAAGAUCUUGGAGUGUUGCAUUAUUUGGUAGCUGGAGGCAGAGCUUUUCAGGGAGUACGCAUAGUCAAAGCCAAACAAAUAAAGAUAGUAACAGCGGCCCAAAGCAGUCGGGAAGAGAUAACUCUCAGGGAAGUGGUGGAAAUGGCAGAAGAUUAUCGAGUGAGAUUUUCCCGGAGCCUAUAGAAAUCAAUGAUGCCGAGAGGCAAGAUGAAAGUCGAUGAUGAAAUCAGUGACAUUGGUCUUGAACUAUCGACAAACUUCAUUAAGUUUUUGACUUUGAAGCUUGGAGCUGGCCGACGCCGGAGGGUCGGGUCAAGAGUGAGGUAAAAUUGUAUUAAAGCAAAAACUGGUGUGAGGCUAAAUUUUUUUUUUUAUGGUUCUGAGAUUCUGUGCUUCCAAAAGCAUGUAAUUUCUUCUUGAUGUAUGUUGUCGAAGAUCCAGAUCCAUAUGAAGUUAAGUGUAAAUUGCGAAGAGUGAAGAUUUGAGACAUAUGUUAUUAAUGUAAUGUAAUGUAAUGUGGCAGAAAUCUAAAGCAAAUUGCCUUGAA